UCAAUUAAUCAACCAUGAGCAAGCCUCAGCGGCCUCAGCGGCCCAAACCGCCGCCGUCCGGCCGCACGAACCUCGCCUCCUGCAUCGUCGCCACCAUCUUCCUAAUCUUCGUCGUCAUCGUCAUCCUCAUCGUCUACUUCACGGUCUUCAAACCCAAAGACCCCAAAAUCUCCGUCUCCGCCGUCCAGCUCCCUUCCUUCUCCACCCAAAACUCCACCGUCAGCUUCACCUUCGCCCAAUACGUCUCCAUCCACAAUCCCAACCGGGCGCCCUUCAACCACUACGACAGCACCCUCCAGCUCUUCUACUCCGGCAGCCAAGUCGGGUUCAUGUUCAUACCCGCCGGCAAGAUCGAAGCGGGUCAGACCCAGUUCAUGGCCGCCAACUUCGCCGUCCAGUCGUUCCCGGUCUCCGAUCCCAAUCGGGCUUCCGGGAUGGUCCAGAACCCAAUGGGGCCCACUUUCGGAGAUGGGUUCAGCGGGUUGAGCGGCACCGGCGCCGGACCCAGCGGCCCCGCAAUGCAGAUUGAGUCGCGGUUGGAGAUGGCGGGUCGGAUUCGGGUCAUGCACUUUUUCACCCACCAUGUGGAGGCAAAAUCUGAGUGUGAAGUUUCCAUUGCUGUGAGUGAUGGAUCUGUACUGGGUUUUCACUGUUAGCUGUUGUUUUUAUUUUUUAUUUUUUUUCUACUUUUGGUGAGCGUGAAAUUAGAAAGAGUAGCUUUUUGUAGAUUUUGGCAAAAUUGGUAACUUUGGGUGUCCAAUUUGUUAACCCGUUUCAUCAAGGGAAAUGAAAAAAAAAAAAAAAAAGAAGUAAUUUUUUGACAAAUAA